AUGUCGAAACUUACCAUCGUCGAGACACUCAUCUUCCCCCAUGGAACCUUGGCCGUAUCUCCCGUCAUUGGCGAGCCGCUGCUCUCUCAACAACUUCCCUCUGGAUGUGUCUUCCCUCAAUCCCCUUCGACCGUGCACUCACAGAAACCCGGCCCGACGGUCCAGAACAUAUUGGCGCAGUUUUCCGCUUUGAUAGAGCGUUCUUCUCCUCGAGGAAUUUCUAUUCACAUCAACAAGAAAGACACGCUCGAGCAUGACGAACCGCUGCUCGAGCUGUUGCUACAGUCCUCCAAGCGCUGGGAACAGGUGAAAAUGUGGGUAACUGAUGCGACCUACAGGCAGUUUAGUCCAAUCAAAGGUCGGCUACCGCGUCUACGGUCGCUGGAAUUUUCAUUCAAUAGGGGACUUCAGAACGUCCCCUUCGUUGAUUUAUUCGAAAAUGCACCCAGGUCAGAAGUGGUCUCAUCUCCAUUUCUCGUCAAUUUUCCCUUGGCGCAACUCGCGUAUUUCGAACAAGAUCUGCUACACCCUAUCUUAUUGCAAUCGCUCUUGCCUGUAGCUCGUUGCCUGCAAGCAUUGGUGUUUACCUCCCGAUCCGCGGCCUUCGACACAUUCCCCGAACUCAACGCAGGCCCCUUCACGAUCAACACACUCGAAUGUCUCAUUAUCAACUUCUUCGGCGGACAAGAUUAUUCUCGACUGGUCGAUAUAUUGAUUCUUCCUGUGCUCACAGAAUUGGUCAUCAGGUCUUUCGCUGAACAGUCCAUCAUCUCGCAUGUUACCGACAUGUUUCGUCGCUCGCGCCCAAAUUGGUUCUUCACGAUGAAGCCCUACUUUGCGACAAGGAGGUAG